CUUGUGGCUGCCAAGGCCUGAAGGUAUCCUGUGGGUGGAUUACCAGAGAUAUUUGGCAGGAGCUGUUUGGAAGAAUUAACUGAGUUUGGCGCAGAAGGAGAAAUGGAAUGGUGAUUUGGUAAGAGCAUACAUUUCCAGGCAGCAGAUAUUUAUGCCCUGCAAUUGAGAUAACAGUGGAGACUCAGCUUAGAGAUGACAGCCUCACAGGAUGAAGUGGCUUCCGAGAGAUUGCUGCAGACAGAGGUCACUACCAUAGACCACGUAGAAAAUGGAGAAACAGGUAAAAAACUCCAAGAAAAAAUUUUCAGAAUUAUCUCCCCUGCGUCUCCUGCUAAGCUUUACUGCUGCUAUGGAGUGAUCAUGGUCCUCACUGUAGCUGUGGUUGCUCUUUCUGUUGCUUUGUCAGUGAGAACAACAGAAGAGAUCUCAAUAAAAAAUAAUACAUGUUCUGCUUGCCCCAGAAAAAGGAUUGGAUUUGGAAAUAAAUGUUUUUAUUUUUCUGGAAAAUCAAGUAACUGGACAUUCACCCAGGACUUCUGCAUGGCACAAGAGGCCCAACUAGCUCGGUUUGAUAACAAGGAGGAGCUGAAUUUCCUAAUGAGAUUCAAGGGGAAUUUUGAUUACUGGAUUGGCCUGCACAGAGAGUCGUCACAGCACCCUUGGAAGUGGACAGACAACACUGAGUAUAACAAUUUGAGUUCCAUCCGGGGAAUGGAAAGAUGUGCCUACUUGAACAACAACGGGAUCAGCAGUAGCAGGAACUACAUACCUAGGAAGUGGAUUUGUAGCAAGUCCAGCAACUAA